AGUGGAUGGACCAAGAAAAAGAACUCCAUAGCAUUGAACAGACAAUUCAAAAUUUUCGCUAAAAUCGACUAUAUGGUGAACGAUUGCGAAUUUCGCGGGUUCUGGGCACGCAAGGACGGUGAUUUCGUGGCGGCGGGGUUCGAGGGUGAGACCAGCCCCUUCAUCACGUGGAACAGCACCACCCAGUUUAAUGCGACACACUUCAGCGUAGCCACUGGAUGGGGGUCCACUGGCAACUGGAAGAUAGAAGGACAUUCUUGGAUGGGUGAUGAUGUAUUGCUAAAUAUGAUUCAAAAUCCCAGUAAAGAACUUUUAAACCCAAUGGAGUUGGUCCUAAAGAAAACCCGAAGGAGCAUUGACAGCCGUUCAACGGUAUUUUGCGCCAGGCAUAGAAUGCUCGCGGAUGGAAAAUGGACACGGGGAGAGGAGUCCAAGUGGAUAAACUUGGAAAUUCAGACCGAGGAUAUACCGUCCGAUGAGCUGUACGUUAAGGUGGGGCCAGAGACUCGGAUGGAAUUCGACGUGGACAGCCAGCGGAAGUUCACUUGCAGCGGCAGCGCCCCCGUCGACGGCAGGAUUUUAAGGUGGUUCAGAAAAGACCGCAGUUACCGUGAUCCCAUAAGCCUUGAAAACCAACAUUACGACCCGGUCACCAACACAAACGAAAUAGAAUUAUCCUUGGACGAGUCUUAUGACAAAAACAACCUGUUCUGUGCUCAAGGGUACCAAUAUUCUAUCAAACAUAAUGGUACUACAAUAAUUAAGAAUUAUGGCGAGAUAGUGAAAUCAGAAGACAUCACUCUUAUCAUGAAGAGAGAUGUUACGAAAGUUACGAUACCGAUACCUGAUACUACUACGAGUAGACCGCUCCAGAAAAACGGUAAGUUUUUCAUCUAA